GUGAGUCGUGAGCGUAAUGCGUGUAUGCAGGUUCAAUCCCGUAAAAAGUGCAAAAUAAAUAUCACUCCGGAUGUCGAUUUACUAGAAAUAGUGCUAGAUACGUUUGUGAAAAUAUCGGUAAUUGUGUUAUGUGAAGUUUUGAAGUUGUGUAUCACAGCCUUUAUACGUUUACAAAAAGAGGGUGUUGCACGGUGCGUUUGCCUGCUAGUAACACGUGUGUUGAUGGAUAUUCAGUGGAAAAAUUGGUGAAUUAUUUGAUGUGUAAAACCUUUGUUAUUACCGAGAUAUAGUGAGAGUGAAUAAGAAUGAAAUAAAUCAAGAAUGAGGAGGUAUUUUUGAGUAACCUGUUCCGUUCAUUCUCUCCUCGUUUUCUCAUCUUGCCAUUGCCAUCGUCGAGCAAGAAACAUUUUUGAAAAAAAUUCAAUUGUCUACCAGCUAUUGUUAGAAACGUUUGCAUCUAACCAAAACUCAUCAUGACAACACUGCACGACCCGAUAUUAGGAAAGCAUGUCGCACGCAAGAGCAUCGGCGUCGAACAUACAGCCGAACCGGCAAGUAGUAGCGGUCCAAGCAGUUUAGUUCCAGAGUCAUUAUCAUCAGCCUCAAGCUUUCAAAGUCUCAGUUCGAAGAGCAGUAGUGGCAUAUGCGCCGAUUCAGCACCUGAAAGUCCCGACAAAACCGCCCUCCUGAGCAGCAGCAACGCCGACACAUUCGAUCACUCGUACGUCAAUCUUGACAUACCCGAUCUUGACGAUCUCAUCUCAGCUUGCGCCAAUAUCAAUCUUGGUGGUUCACGAGCUCAAUACCGCGACUCACCCGAUUGCAGUGCUGCUGAUUUGAGUCAGGAUCAAACUUUCGCUUCGGCUGCAGAUGACACUAUCGGUGACGUUACUCAAAUACUCGUCGAGGAGACUAUUCAAACAUUCAAGACUUGUCCUGGUUUAGAGACGCAACCUUCAGAAAAUAUAUUUAAAGAUCCACUUCCGAUUGAUACUGAUUCGAAAUCUGCGAUUAUUCCGUACGUGUCGUUCGAGCAGAGUGUGCUACGACAGAAUCAAGAAGCCGAGGAUCAACGAGUCGCAUUAUUGAAGGCUGAUUCUCCGAGGAGGCGUAGUUACAGUCCAACUCCUUGUGUGGAAAUCGACGUUGCUCAACUUACUACUACUACUACUACUACUACUACUACUGCAACAGGAAAGAAUAAUAAUUCGUUCCUUAGUGCCGAAGACGGCUCUGGACAAAAAGUAGAAACUUCUGAUGGUUUCAGUACACCAGAUGUCAGUUUCCAAGAAGUUGAUACAUUUAAUUCCACGAUUCCAUUGAAUACUGAUGAUAACAAGUCUGCAGCAAAGACUACAGAAAAUUUGAACGUGACUCCCUUUGUUUCGGUAUUCGAAACUGUUGGGCAAAAUCAGAACGUGAUAACUACCUCAGAUAAAGUAGUUGUGAAUAAACUUCUGAAUAAGACACAAGACGUUAUCGGAGAUAACAAUGUUGUUAAUAAAACUGAAGAAAUUUUAAAGGAUAUUGAAAUUUGUUUUAAUAAGACACAAGAGAUUGCUAAUGAAGAGAAUCUUUUGAAUACAGUUCAAACUAUAGUUGGAGAAAACUAUUCUCUCAACAGCACUCAAGAAAUUGCAAAGGAAAACGUAUCUUUGAAUAAAACGCAAGAGAUUGUUAAAGAAGAUAAUCGACUGAAUAAAACACAAAAUAUUGUUGAUGAAAACGAUCUUAACAAAACUGAAGAGAUCACAAAGGAAAAUAUAUCUUUGAAUAAGACGCAAGACAUUGUUGAAGAAGAUAAUUGUCUGAAUAGAACACAAAAUAUUGUUGAUGAAAACGAUCUUAGCAAAACUCAAGAGGUCACAAAGGAAAAUAUAUCUUUGAAUAAGACGCAAGACAUUAUCAAAGAAGAGAACCUUGUUAAUAGGACUCAAGAAAUUGGCAAAGAAGAAAAUCUUCUUAAUAAAACUCAAGAAAUUAUUAAAGAGGUUUCUUUUAAUAAAACGCAAGAAAUUGUAAAAGAAGAGAGUUUCCUUACCAAAACACAAGAUACCAUUAAAGAUAUUACUUCAGAAACGAAUAAAGUUCAAAAUACUUUACCAGUGACACGAAAAGAACCAACCGCACCAUCAAUCGUUGAAUCGGCCUCUGAACAUAAAAAUAAACUUGAGAAUUUCAAAGAACCAUAUAUAACUGUAAAAACACCAAGCAAGUUAUACGAAAAGAGAGAGUUGACUCCACCAAAUUUAGAGACGUUUUGUCCCAACGAACUGCAAAAUUCCAACGAAAUUGUAUCUUCAACUCCGUUGCAUUGGAAAAAGGAAGAGAAGCAGAAAACACCUACACGAAAAAGUGGACUUUUCAAUAAAGAAUUAAAGUCUCCUCUUCAAUUAACAAGUCCACCUUCGUUGAAUAAGAAUUUCAAUUCUCCGAGUAAAGACAAAGCGACAAAGGAGCAAGAAAACAAAGUCAACUUUGAUCAAACAGUCGCUGUAAAUAGAAGUUUUGAAAAAUCUUCAUUUAGUGCUUUGGAGCUGUUAUCAAAGAAUAGUUCACUGGAUUUAUUACCUACCCAGGAACCUGAUUACGAGGCUUUCAAACCACAACAACAAAGUACAACUUUACCUUUCGCUGUUCAGUGUCCUGACUUCGAAGCUCUUCAAGAAGCUGCCUUAUCUGUUGCUAAAGAUAUCGACCAGUCUUUAGAAAAAAUUGAAGAGGAACCAUUUAUUUCAGCCACUACUGAGUUAUUUGGAGAUCCGUCAGCGCUUGAUUUCCUAACACAAGUAGGCUCUCAAACAUCUCGUCGCGGUGAGAGAUAUGAUUCAUUGUAUAUGAGAUUCGAUCCUUUAGCCGAAAGACAAAGUAUGCUGCCGCAAAAGAAUCUCCCCGGAACUCCUACUCUGGAAGAAGAGGAGGAGCAAAGGGAAAUUAAAGUCAACACUUCAAUUGGUAACGCUGGUACGCCAAAGAAAAAUCCAGCAUUAGCUGCUAUCGAUAGAUUACUUUUCUACAGCCCUUGUCCACCUGCUACUACAGAUAGCGAGAAAGUAGAAGCUAAACAGAAACUAAAGGAAGAAGCAGAGAAAAAAGAAGCACAAGCAGUACCUAUUGUAAACGAAGAAAUGGCUAAAGAAUUGGAACUCGUGAGGUCUACGGUAGUUCAGCUCGAGACGGAGCUGGAAAAACGAAAACAAGAGCACGAGAAGCAACUAGAAAAACAAAGAGUAGCCUACGAUGAAAGAGUUAUGCAAAUACAGGCGAAAUUUGGCCAAAUGCAAUCACAAUUAUCACAGGAAACUAAAUGUAAAGAUCAAAUGACGGUUGUAGUAGAAGAAUAUGAAAAAUCAAUCAGUAGGUUAAUCGCAGAAAGGGAAAAGGAAAAGGUAGCUUUCACCCAAGAAAGAGACAGAAUUAAAGCAGAGUUGGAUAUUUCUCAGCAACAUCUUGCCAAUUCUGAAGCGGCGUUCACCGAUGUUCACGCGAAGUACGAACGACUCAAGAGUGUUGUUACAGCGUAUAAAAGUAAUGAAGAAGUUCUAAAAGAAAGUAUUGCUGAAAAUCAAGAAACAAUUAAAACUCUUGAAAAUAGAUACGAGCAGCUCAAAAGUCAUGCUAUGGCACAACUUGAAAAGGCAAAUCUCGAGUUGAGUGCUAUCAAAAAGCAACACGAGGCCGAUGUGUUGAAACUGAAAGCAAUGGUAAGGAAAACUGAGUUGAGGUGUAAGACAUUAGAAGAGACUGUUGAACAAAAGACCAAGGAGAAUAAAGAGCUGACGCAGAUAAUCGACGAAAUGAUAGCAAGGGUUGAUUAGUCGAUACUUAAUUU